AUGACGGACUUUGCGGCCAAUCAAUUGCCCAGAUUUCUGGAAAGCCACAAGGUAGGGAAAAUACAAUAUUUUUAAGUGUGCUGAAGCUAUGUCAAACGAAGCGCAAGCCAUUUACGAAAGUUUUUGGUUGUUUUAGAUAUUUUUUGUUUGUUUUAGCUAAAAAAAUCAUCUCCAGACUUCUGAAUUUUUUUGUUAUAACCAGAAUAGCUUUUUCGAGUAGAUCAUAGUGAUCUUAAAAUUUUUAUUCCUCUAGAAUGACAAGUCGGAACGCAUGACCACCUCUUAUGGCGUCCCAAUGCCCACCAGAACGGCCGUUUUAACCGCCGGACGCCGAGGUCCCAUGCUUCUUCAAGAUCAUUUCUUCUUGGACGAGCUGCAGAGAUUCGAUAGAGAACGUAACCCCGAACGUGUUGUUCAUGCCAAGGGUGCUGGAGCCCAUGGAUAUCUGGAGAUUACCCACGACAUCACUCAGUAUUCGAGAGCCAGCGUCUUCAGCAAAGUCGGGAAGAAAACCCCAAUGUUCAUCCGGUUCUCAACUGUCGGUGAGUUAUAUUUCUAAGCACUAGGGCGGGUUACGGUAUUUUGCACUGUGCAAUAAUUUGUUUCUAAAAUGUGUGUUUCAGGUGGCGAGCGUGGAAGUGCUGACACUGCCAGGGAUCCUCGAGGCUUUGCGAUGAAAUUCUACACCGAUGACGGUAGGUUUUUACUUUUUUAAUUGAAUUUUGGAGAUUUUUGAGUAGCAUGUCUAGUACAAUAUAAAAUGGGAAUUACUUUUUAACCAGUGGUAUUACAUGGUGGGAAUGUGGCAUUUUUAUGUGUCAUGAGGUGCUUUUUAAUCGUACAGUCAAUUUCGAACAUCCUUUUUUUAAUUUAAGAUAGUAAAUUUCGUUUUUUUUUUACUUUUGGGCAAGUGUAAUGAAAAAAUCUAUUUUCUGUAAAAUUUUAAUGUCUUCAAAAAACUAACAGGAUAUUUGGAAUCAUUGUGAAAUUUCACAUGUAAUGCAUCAUAAAUUUUCAGGAAUUUGGGAUUUGGUUGGCAACAACACGCCGAUUUUCUUCAUCAGAGACCCCAUCCUCUUCCCCUCAUUUAUCCACACACAGAAGAGAAAUCCAGCCACAAAUCUGAAGGACCCCAACAUGGUGUUCGAUUUCAUGUCUCUCAGACCCGAAACCCUUCAUCAGUUCAUGUUUUUGUUCUCGGAUCGCGGCACUCCCGAUGGAUUUAGACACAUGGAUGGAUUCGGAAGUCAUACUUACAAGUUAAUCAAUGAAAAGAACGAGGGAUUCUGGGUAAAAUUCCAUUUCAAGGUAAGGGAAAGGCUUUUGGAUUUGUAAAAUACGUAAAUUGUCCUAGAAGUCAUAGAAUUUGUAUUGUUUUAGACAUCUCAAGGGAUCAAGAAUCUGUCAGUUGAGGAGGCCGGACGAUUGGCUGGAGACGACCCGGAUUACGCCACCAGGGAUCUUUAUAAUGCCAUUGAAUCUGGAAAUUAUCCGGAAUGGAAGUUCUACAUCCAGGUAGAAAAUUUUUAGAAAACGAUUACCUAAAAUCUAGGUGAUGAAAGAGUCGGAAGCCGCCGGUUGCCCGUUCAAUCCGUUCGAUCUGACCAAAGUCUGGCCUCACAAGGACUACCCUUUAAUUCCGGUCGGAAAAAUCGUCCUCAACAAAAACCCCAACAAUUACUAUGCAGAGGUGGAACAGGCCGCGUUUGCUCCGGCUCAUAUUGUCCCUGGCAUCGACUUCUCUCCGGACAAGAUGCUCCAAGGAAGAAUCUUUUCCUACACUGACACCCAACUUCAUAGAUUAGGUGAGAAAUUUUCAUUUUGAUGACUUUGUUUUAGGUAGUAUUGAACAAAAUAUUUUGUGGUUUCUAAUAUUUAUUUUUAACUGCUUUCAUCCAAGAUUUUGUGAAUAUUUACGUAGUAUAAGGUCAAAUUUUUUAUCCAGUUUUAUUUUUUAAUCCGUUUCAGGUCCAAACUUCCAACAACUUCCGAUCAACUGCCCCUUCUCGAAACCGCCCCAGAAUAUCCAACGCGAUGGCCCCAUGUGUCUAUUCAAGCAAGGAGGCGAGCCCAAUUAUUAUCCAAAUUCAUUCGGAAAUACACCCGAACCAGAAAACAAGGAACAAGACUUGACGCAUAAGUUCGAAGUCAAUGGAGUCGUUCAUCGAUGGGAGACCCGAGAUGAAGACAAUUACACCCAGCCAAGGCUUUUCUGGGAAAAGGUGAGGGAUAGAAAUGGGAUUUUUCCAUUUUUUACCGCAGAGUCAAUAAAAAGUUUAAAAAAUUGCUAAUUUUUAUUUCUUCAGGUUCUCGACGAGCCCAGUCGCGACCGUCUUUGUGAAAAUUUGGCUGGCCCCUUGUCUAAAUGUGUUCCGCAUGUCCAGGAAAGAAGUAUCAAGGAGUUCACCAAGGUGCAUCCAGACUUUGGAAACCAAGUCCGCCAUUUGAUUUGCCAAAGCGCCAAAGGAAAGGGGCAGAGUGGAGAUUGCAAGAGGAUGUCAUAA